UCUCCGUCCCCAGUGACUUCGCGGCCCCCUGCAGCAACUCUGCCCCGCCCCGCGCCGCCUCCGGCCCCCUGCGGCACCUCUGCCCCCCCAUCCCGCGGCCUCCCGGCCCCUUGGGCAUCCCUGCCCUCUGCAGACCCCAGUCUUCCUGAUGCAUCCCCGCGCAUUGGCCCUCGCCACCCCUGGCCCCGCUGCAGUCCCGCGCAGCACCCCAACCCCGCGGCCCCCCACCCUGGGCGCAGGUUGACGCGCCCCCUCUCCCUGGCAGCGGUGCUGCUGCGGGCGCGUGAGGCCGCGCAGUUCCUUCGGCCCAGGCAGCGCCGUGCCUACCAGGUCUUCGAGGAGGCCAAGCAGGGUCACCUGGAGCGGGAGUGCGUCGAGGAGCUGUGCAACAAGGAGGAGGCCCGGGAGGUGUUCGAAAACGACCCCGAGACGGACUACUUCUACCCCAGAUACCUCGAGUGUAUCAACAAACAUGGAUCUCCAUACAGCAAAAGCCCUGACUUCGCCGCGUGUGUUCGCGACCUGCCUGACCAGUGCACCCCAAACCCUUGUGACAAAGAGGGAACCCAAAUCUGCCAGGAUCUCAUGGGCAACUUCUUCUGCCUGUGCCAAGCUGGCUGGGGCGGCCGGCUGUGUGAUCAAGAUGUGGACGAGUGCAGCCAGCAGAAUGGGGGUUGCAGCCAGGUGUGCCACAACAAGCCAGGCAGCUUCUACUGCGCCUGCCACAGUGGCUUUGCACUCGCCUCGGACAACAGGACCUGCCAAGACAUAGACGAGUGUGCAGACCCAGAUGCCUGCGGGGAGACGCGCUGCAGGAACCUGCCAGGCUCCUACUCCUGCCUCUGUGACGAGGGCUACGUGUACAGCUCCCAGGAGAAGGCCUGCCAAGAUGUGGACGAGUGCUGGCAGGGCCGCUGCGAGCAGAUCUGUGUCAACACUCCCGGCAGCUACACGUGCCACUGCAACGGGCGCGGAGGGCUCAAGCUGUCCCCGGACAUGGACACCUGCGAGGACAUCUUGCCUUGUGUGCCCUUCAGCAUGGCCAAGAGCGUGAAGUCCUUGUAUCUGGGCCGCAUGUUCAGUGGGACCCCUGUGGUCAGACUGCGCUUCAAGAGGCUGCAGCCCACCAGGCUGGUGGCUGAGUUUGACUUCCGGACCUUUGACCCUGAAGGGGUCCUUUUCUUUGCUGGAGGCCGUAGGGACAGCACCUGGGUGGUACUGGGGCUGCGGGCCGGCAGGUUGGAACUGCAGCUUCGCUACAACGGUGUCGGCCGUGUCACCAGCAGCGGGCCUGUCAUCAACCAUGGCAUGUGGCAGACUAUCUCCGUUGAAGAACUGGAAGGGAACCUGGUGGUCAAGGUCAACAAGGAUGCCGUCAUGAAGAUAGCGGUGGCCGGGGAUCUCUUCCAGCUGCAGAGAGGCCUGUACCACCUGAACCUCACCGUGGGAGGUAUUCCCUUCCAGGAGAAGGACCUCGUCCAGCCCAUCAACCCCCGCCUGGACGGCUGCCUGCGGAGCUGGAACUGGCUUGGCGGGGAGGACAGCAGCCUCCAGGAGACGGUGAAGGCGAGCUCCAAGAUGCAGUGCUUCUCCGCGGCGGAGCGGGGCUCUUUCUUCCCGGGGAGCGGGUUUGCCUUCUACAGCCUCAGCUACGCGCGGACAUCCCCGGAUGCCUGGACGGAGACGACCUGGGAAAUAGAAGUGGUGGCUCGCGUCCGCCCAGCGACUGACACGGGUGUGCUGAUGGCGCUGGUGGGCCAGGACCACACGGUGCCACUCUCCGUGGCCCUGGUGGACUACCACUCCACCAAGAAGCUCAAGAAACAGCUGGUGGUCCUGGCAGUUGAGGAUGUUGCCCUGGCCCUGAUGGAGAUCAAGGUGUGUGACGGGCAGGAGCACAUGGUCACCGUGUCCCUGAAGGAUGGCAAGGUCACUCUGGAGGUGGACGGCACCAAGGGCCAGAGUGAAGUGGGUGCUGCCCAGCUGCAGGAGAGGCUGGCCACCCUGGAGAGGCACCUGCAGGGCUCCGUGCUCACCUUCGUGGGGGGGCUGCCAGAUGUGCCAGUGACUUCGGCACCCGUCACAGCCUUCUACCGUGGCUGCAUGACGCUGGAGGUCAACCGGAGGCCCUUGGACCUGGAUGAGGCUGCCUACAAGCACAGCGACAUCACCUCGCACUCCUGUCCUCCGGUGGAGCUGGCCGCACCCUAGGCUGCGGCAGGACCCCUCUGGGAAGAGCCCGGCCUUCGUCCAGGAGGCAGGAGUGGGAGGCCGGCCCUGGAGCAGCACCGCCCCGCCCCCUGCGCACUCUCCCUGGGGCCACUCCUUGUGACAUAGCUGUGAAUAGGGGACUGGUAGGGGCUGAGCCGCCCCUCGGGAGCUGGCCACAGGGUGGGCCCGGGGAGGGCCAGCAGUCACAGAGAAGCAGACUUGAAGAACAUAAUUCUCUAUUAUUUUUAUUACCACCCGCUUCUUUCUGACUCUAAAAUAUGGGAAAUAAAAUAUUUACAGAGACCUUUUUAA